AGGGCUGUGUUAUCAAGAUCAAGUUCAAGCUCGAUCAGCUGGCGGCGGGGUAGCAGGCUUCAGGACAGCCGGAUAGACUUUAAAAUCAAUGGCCAUGGAAUUAAUUGUGUGGGACGGCGAGGCGAAGUUCGGCCUGCCCUCCAUGGACCUCAGAAGCCUGCAGAUGAUGGCCUACGUCAAAUUCUCCGGAGCACCUGUCACCAUCGUCAAGUCAAGCAACCCAUUCAGAUCCCCCACGGGCCGCCUGCCAGUGUUUAAGUGUUCCGACGGAACCCUUUCGGACUUCCACCAAGUUGCAACAUUCCUCCGCAAACAGAAUUUCAGCUGUGAUUAUGAACUCUCGCCCAAGCAGUGUUCAGAGGUGGUAGCCUACGAACAACUGCUUUUGGAGAAGUUGUAUCCAGCAUUAGUAUAUCUCUGGUGGGUUGAACCAAAGAGUUACUACGACGUCAUUCACAAAUGGUACUUCAGCAGCAUGCCAUUCCCCCACAAGCUUUGGUACCCUCGGAAGUACCAUCAAAGCUCCUGUGACCUCAUCAGCAGCAUGUUCGAUGACCCGGAUGACAAUCAACUUAUAGAAACUGAGCUGCACAAACAAGCUCAGGAGUGUUUAACGAUGUUGUCGAAUCGUCUCGGCGACAGAGAAUAUUUCUUCGGCCGCUCACCCUCCACGCUUGAUGCAGUUAUAUUUUCCUACCUAGCUUUGCUUUUGAAAGUGGACCUGAAAGUUCCAGUUUUACAAAACCACAUCAAAGCUUGUCCCAACCUAUCACGUUACGUCUCCAAGACCAUCCAACGUUUCUUCCCAUCAGACUUACGUGCUGAGGAACAAGCAAAAAGAAAGGCCCAAAGGAGCACUGACAGCAGAGACUCUCCACCCAAGGAUGAUGUCCCAAACAAGGGGAGAAAUUUGCUCUUGUCGGGCCUUGUAGCAUUCUCAGCAAUGUUUGGAUAUGCUAUAGCAGCAGGCUUAGUGCAGGUUGACAUGGGUGAGCCCCCCACCGAAGAUGACUAUGAUUAUGAGUAUGAUGACUACAAUGAAGAUGGAGGUGGUGGGGAUUAGGGCUAAUGUGAAAAUACAAAUUGCCAAAAUAUGAUAUUUUAUGAUGUCCCAGCACACUCAGAAUGAACACAAGAUCACAGUGGUUAAAAAUGAUGGGUUUUUUCUCAACACUGAUUCAUGUUUUUAAUUAUUUUCAAUUUUAAGAUGUAUUUUUAUUAUUAUUAUUAUUGUUAUUAUUUUUUUUUUUCUUUUUCUAAUUAGGGACUGGAUGUAGUUUGUUAUUCCUACAUUUGUCGUUUUGCGAUGUUAGAAAAGCAUUUGACGUGGCGCUUGGCAUGCCACUGUGAUAGUGACACCAUGUUUGACACAUUAUUUUUGUAAGGUGAAUGUUGUUUGCUCAAUGUGUGAAGGAUAUUAUGUUAAAGUAUUUGUUUUAUCAUAAUUAUUGGCUAAGUUCUAGAUUACUCAUGAGUUUGUAAUAGUAACCCGUACAUACAAAGGUUCAGCUUGGAUCAUACUUUAUCUUUAAGGGAAUACAUCCUUGCUCCUGUUUGUGUUUCUUUAUUACAAAUGCCAUACAGCACAACUACUACAGUACUAGGAGUGGCAAGUAACAUUGUUUUCAUUAGUUAAAAUGAAAGCAGAAAGAUUCAAAUUCCAUUGCUCGUUAUGUUUCCCCCUCAAAGUUUCUCAGUGUAUGGAAUCACCUGAAUGAAGGCAAUGUGGAAUGCUGUGGUAUUACUCAUCUAGUAUUGGAAAUCCAAGAUGGCCAGUAAUGUGCAUAACAUUACUGUGUAGUGUUGAUUUGAACAACUGUGACUGACAACCAUGGUGUAGGCUACUUAUAGGAACAAGUAACUAAAAUGUCCUUCUUCAUUAAGAAAGCGGUGUCACAAGCCUCUAGAUAUACAGUGUAAAUACAUGUCUUUAUCUGAAUCAUUCCAGUUUACAAAGAGCAGUACUCUGUUCAAAUAGUCCCUGUAGAGCCCAGGGGUUCUAUAAGCAAGCUUUUGGUAGGAUGUUGCAAUCUGCUAUCAUGAAGUGGUAAACCAAUGAAUUCCUGCUUCUGACAGCCUCAUUCUUGAGUACUGAGCCAGACUUUAGGGCUUAUGUUGCCAAUCCUGAAGACCUUUCCUACUGGAAUGUUUAAUAUUCACAAUCAGAGCUCCUUCAGGCCAUUAGUGGAGGGAUCACACACAGCUAACAGUAUUUUUUUGUGCUCCAUUGGUGAAUUUUGAAGUGUGACCUCAUUAGCAGCUUGGGGCACAAAUGUUGAUGAUGAAGCAGUGCCAUUCAUGAACCCUCUGUUAUAACUUCCAAACGUGAGGCGUUCAAUGGGCAGGAGUCCAGGCAGCUACUUCAAUAGAACGGAGCGUGUUUGAAUGUCGCUAAACUCUUUCCAACAUGCCCCUCAAUCUUUUGUUGUUAUGCCAAAUAUGUACAUAGAAAGGAAUAAACAAAAAAGCUGA